CAUGGCCAUGUGGAUUCAGGCCCAGCAGCUGCAGGGUGAGGCGUUACACCAGAUGCAGGCUCUAUAUGGCCAACACUUCCCCAUCGAGGUGCGACAUUAUCUGGCCCAGUGGAUUGAGAGCCAGCUCUGGGAUUCGGUGGAGUUGGACAACCCAGCAGAGGAGGCUAAAGCCAAGCGUCUGCUUGACAACCUUGUUGCUGAGCUGCAGAGGAAAGCCCAGCUUCAGGGAGGAGAGGAUGGCUUUCUGCUCAAGAUCAAGCUGGGCCACUACGCCACUCAGCUCAAGAGCACUUAUGACCGCUGUCCUUUGGAGCUGGUGCGCUGCAUUAAACACAUCCUGCAAUCAGAACAGAGGCUGGUUCAGGAAGCAACAAAUGCCAGCUCUGGAAGCGGGGCUCAGGCUAUGGACAGCCUGUCACAGCGGCACCAGCAGAUCAACCAGGCUUUUGAGGAACUGCGCUUGGCCACACAGGAGACGGAGAACGAACUGCGAAAGCUGCAGCACAGCCAGGAAUACUUUAUCAUCCAGUACCAGGAGAACCUGCGCAUCCAGGCCCAGCUGAGUAGCUUGUCUUCACUGCCUCCCGCUGAGCGCACGCAGCGAGAGACCAGCCUACAGAGCAAGAGGUCUACUGUGGAGGCCUGGCUCACCAGAGAGGCCAGCACACUACAGAAAUAUAGACUGAACUUGUCAGAACAACACCAGAAAACCCUGGGUUUGCUACGAAAGCAGCAGACUCUAAUUCUGGAUGAGGAGCUCAUCCAGUGGAAGAGGAGGCAGCAGCUGGCUGGGAACGGGGGUCCUCAUGAAGGGGGACUGGAUGUUCUCCAGUCCUGGUGUGAGAAGCUGGCUGACCUUAUCUGGCAAAACAGACAACAAAUUCGACGCUGUGAGCAUUUAACUCAGCAGCUUCCUCUGCCAGGCCCAAUGGAAGAGCUACUGAGCAAACUUAACAGUGACAUCACAGAUAUUAUCUCUGCCCUAGUUACCAGCACCUUCAUCAUCGAGAAACAGCCUCCCCAGGUUUUAAAGACCCAGACCAAGUUUGCAGCCAUCGUGCGCCUUCUGGUGGGAGGGAAGCUGAACGUCCACAUGAACCCACCACAGGUCAAAGCUGUCAUUGUUAGUGAGCAGCAGGCCAAAGCUCUGCUGAAGAAUGAGAGCACACACAGUGAAAGCAGUGGAGAAAUCCUCAACAACAACUGUGUGAUGGAAUAUCAUCAAGCCACCGGCACCCUCAGUGCUCACUUCAGAAACAUGUCACUAAAGCGGAUCAAGCGUUCGGACAGAAGAGGUGCGGAGUCAGUGACGGAGGAAAAGUUCACUGUUCUGUUUGAAUCGCAGUUCAGUGUUGGGGGCAAUGAACUGGUCUUCCAUGUCAAAACUUUAUCGCUGCCCGUGGUAGUGAUCGUGCAUGGCAGUCAGGACAACAAUGCCACAGCAACAGUACUGUGGGACAAUGCCUUUGCUGAGCCAGGCAGGGUACCAUUUGUUGUGCCGGACAAGGUCCUGUGGCCACAGCUGUGCGAGGCCCUUGAUAUGAAGUACAAGGCAGAGAUGCAUAGUGGUCGAGGCCUGUCAGAGGAUAACCUGGUCUUCUUGGCACAGAAGGCUUUUACAAGCAGCAGCAACAACCCUGAGGACUACCGUAACAUGACCAUAACAUGGGCCCAGUUCAAUCGAGAGAGCCUACCUGGACGCAACUUCACCUUUUGGCAGUGGUUUGAUGGAGUCGUGGAACUCAUGAAAAAACACCUCAAGCCUCACUGGAAUGAUGGGGCCAUUCUGGGCUUUGUAAACAAGCAACAGGCACAAGACAUGCUGAUGUCCAAACCCAACGGCACCUUCCUGCUCCGGUUCAGUGACUCUGAGAUCGGGGGCAUCACCAUCGCCUGGGUAGCUGAGAAUCCCAACAAAUCAGGUGAAAGGUUGGUCUGGAAUCUGUUGCCUUACACAACUAAGGACUUCUCUAUUCGCUCCCUGGCCGAUCGCAUCAGUGACCUGAAUCACCUUCUGUUUCUCUACCCUGACCGACCUAAAGAUGAGGUUUUCGCUAAAUACUACACACCUCCGCUCUCAAAAGCAGUGGAUGGAUAUGUAAAACCAGAGAUCAAACAAGUUGUGCCAGAAUUUACUUCCCCAAACCCUGAGCCCAGCGGAGGAACGCCUACAUUUAUGGACCAGACAGCCUCUCCUUCUGUGAGCCACCCCAACAACUUCGGUGUUUACCCAGCUAUCAAUGACACCAUGUUGGAUCCGGACGGAGACUUUGACCUGGAGGACACGAUGGAUGUAGCCCGUCACGUGGAGGAGCUGCUCCGCAGGCCAAUGGCCAACCAGUGGAGCAGUCAGCAGUCCUGAACCUGAAGCAGCUGCACACCGUCAGGUUUUCUUUAGUAUAAGCAACAGAAACAACUAAACCUGGGAUGCUCUUUGGACAGCUGCUAGGGCUAAACAGUGACAAUUAACUAUUAGCUGCCCAGAGGAGAAGCGGUCUUUAUAUCUGUGUAACUGCCUUUCUCUGCAGAACAAGUAAACCUGUUUUUAUAGCAUUUUAAUUGGGUGUUAAUGUUUCCUAGUUUCCCGUUUGUCAUGGGUUAUAAUGCUGGUUUUUGUAAAUGGGAUUUUUAUACAAAACUGAGACAACAUUUGUUUUAUGUAAGCUUUGCAUUAAUAUGUGCCUGAUGAGGUUUGAGCUGGCACCAUUAAAUGUUGCAUAACAAUUCACCCUAGAAAAACCGGCUUCUCUUUCGGUUGUUUUCCUUCUUGGACACAGUCAUGUGAUGAUAAAUCAAGAUAUUUCCUGUAUUGCAGAGAACAUUAGUCCAUAGUUCUUAGUAGUAUCUACAUAGUCUAUGCAAUAUUGUGCAAGGCAAGCUGUUAUUUUCACUGGCCAUCGGCAAUUUAAAUUCUCCUCCAUUUCCCACAUUUUCCUGAUUGAUGGCAUUAGAAUAGCUGCAGCUUUAGCUUUAAAACAGGUUUCAACCUAAACGCACAGUAGAGGUCAAUGAAGCUGAGGUUUUACACAAACCCUCUGCACAUCCAAUACGUUUUCCAGAGAUUUGUUCGUUCAACUAAGAUUGAACUCCUGUGACUCAGCAAACGCACUGAAAACCAAGAGCAGCAUUCCUAAGAUACCCAGCGUUGCCGUUCAUGCUGGCACCUCACAGUAGAGCCUGUUUAGAAACAAGUACAGUGGACUCAGCUGUGCUGAGGUGAUGCCCUGUGUUGUAAAAGAUCUCAGAGACUCAGAAGCAGCCCUGGUGUGUUUACACAGAGUUUUCCUAUAAAUUCUGUAAUUCAUUAAACACAUACAUAGAAGUCAUUCUACAUGGCCAAGUAGGGCUGAUUGCUCUAAACUUGAUUGAACAUAUUACUAAUAAAUUCAUCUUCCUCAAGGAUGAUUUGUUUUACUUAAAUAGCUUUUUAUACAUUUUCUUUAAGCGGUUUUCUGUUUGUUCAAAGCUUCAAAUAGUUUUAAGCUUUAAUGUGGAGUCACGAAUCCUAUUGAUUUAAAGACUUUUUAAUGUCACAUUGCUUUUUAUUAUCUGUGUCUGUAGCCCUUUGCUCAUUAUUAGAGUUUAAUGCAUGUUUUGCAUUUUAUCGGCUUAAUCCUGAUUAGUUAGUGGUGCCAGAACAUGUUACUGUGCCUUAGUUUACAUAAUGCAGAUGGUGUCUGUACUUCAGUGCCUUGGUCAAUGAAACAUGGCAACAAAUAACUCCUGAUCUGCUCACCAGUUAACAUCUAACUCCACGUCCCGCAGUGUAUUCACCCCCUUCUGACCAAUUGGUAAACUGUUUAUUCCAUAUUUCACAUUCUUUCAAAACCUUUUCAGUCGCUGCAUCACUGUGAGCAUGGAUCUACCUGUCACUGUACACAUUUGUACAACGUUUACUGUAUGACAAUCUGCAGUCGCCAUAAGGCCGAAAAGUCCACACUCUCCCUUUACAUCACACACCAGUAACACCAGUAAUCCUGUGUGAACAGAAUGGCCUCAGGUGAGCACGGUAUUACAUUGCUGCUCUGUACUGUAGAACCGGACCAAGCCCAAACAGCUCCAUGUUCAGCUCGUAGGAGCCCUCACUCGACUUCAUCCUAAAACUGUUAUUAGAACAGUUCCAGCAGUUUGAUUCAAAAGCAUUUGUUGUUACUGUGUGGAACAAACUUUGACAUGUCCACAUCAAACCCUAAAGAUGUUUCAUGUAUUGACUGUCAUAUUUGAAGCUUAACCGUUUUGUAUGUGCUGUCUUAAAAGCUCCAGUCUGUUAUCUGGCUAUGGGGAUCCAUGGCAACAUGCUUAUAGUUCAGAGUUGGUCAUAUUUUUUUGGUUCAUUUGUUUUUGUAUAAUCUGACACCAACUGAUUACAACUGACUAACUAUUUUUAACAAGGUGAUUUUAUGUUUAUGAUUUCUUUAAUGGGUUGUCUAGUCCACAGAAAACAUAAAAAUUCAGUUUACUGUCAGAUUCGUAAUGUCACAUGAAGUUUAAAAGUGGCAAAGUACUUUCUGAUAACUUUUUGUGGAUAAAGUACUCAACUUGUAUUAAAUAAUCAUUGCAGUGACACAGCUUGUGAAUAAAUACAGAUUGUGUUGGGCUCUGUUUCUGGUAAUGUGAUGGGACGCUAAGAGUUUCAUCAUGGCGCCAGUCAUGAAGAUGCAGCUUCUUCUAAAAUCAUAUUAAUCCUGAAAACUUCAUGAGUGUGUUUCUACAGAGAUUCUGUGCAUUGUCCAGAGGCUCAGUGAAUGUAUUUGUGCUGUGUGGAUUGUUAAGGAACAUCACUGUCCAUACUGGACGCUGCCAGUAACCUCCUACGACAAUAAAUUUCAAACUAUGAAUGUUCAGUGUCUUUCAGAACAAACAGCCAGAAGGGAAGUGAACGCCUCAGGAAAGGUCACUGUGAAGUUAGUCAGAUAAUAGAUGAGUCAAGUGUAUAAGGGAUCUUAAGUCAUUUUAAAUAAGCGUCUGUGACUGGGUGAACUGAAUCAGUAGUACUGCCGUUGAAGGAGUGUACGUCUUAAUAUGUUAUUUAGUUUUCCAGCUCACUGUGUGUUUGCUGGCUCCUGUUCAGUCUGUGUUGUUCAGGGAUUUCAUUUUUUAUGUCCAGUUUGCUACAUUUUAAUUUUUGAACGUUUGAUGUGGAAACAUGAAAAUAAAGAUUUUUUU